AUGUCAGAAGAUCGGAUGGACCUCGACGAACAACGAGUCGGCCAGGACGAAGUGCACGACACCGAGAUGAGCACAGUCAAUGAAACGGUAGAACCAGAAACGCGGCCUAAGAAACGGUUUGAAAUCAAGAAAUGGACUGCGGUAGCAUUUUGGUCGUGGGAUAUAGCUGUUGAGAAUUGUGCCAUUUGCAGAAAUCAUAUUAUGGAACCAUGUAUUCAAUGCCAGCCUACAGCGAUGACGGACAGCGAAACCGAAUGUGUAGCGGCAUGGGGUGUGUGUAAUCAUGCAUUCCAUCUACAUUGCAUUAACAAAUGGCUUCAAACUAGAAAUGCCUGUCCGCUUGAUAAUCAGCCCUGGCAAUUUGCCAAAUACGGGAGAUGA